UAAACUUUUGAUGUUGCUGGCUGCGAACAAGACUAUUCAGCUAUCGAGUUUAUGAAUAAUGUACUAAUAUAUGAUUUGACCUUCUGGUUGUAAAUCGAAAUUGUUUCCCCUUGGCGGGAAAAUUUUCGUGCUAUAGGAAACAUACGCAGUAGUCCUAAAGAAAGCAAGGUUACAACCACAGACGGACGCCAUGUUUGCUGCUCUCGAGAUCUUAAACAAGAGCUUCAAGGAUUUCUUGGAUCAAGGAGAUCCUCGCGUGAAGGAUUGGCCCAUGAUGCAAACGCCCUUCCCUGGCCUGGCCAUGAUCAUUGCCUACAUCUACUUCGUGAAGGUGGCUGGACCACAGUUCAUGAAGAAGAGGAAACCCUACGACCUGCGGACCAUCAUGGCCAUCUACAACGCCGCCCUUGUCUUCAUCAAUCUCUUGGUGUUCUUUGGGAUUGGCUGGUAUGGUUACUUCAAUGGGUACAGCUUAAAGUGUCAACCUGUUGAUUAUUCCAAUCGUCAUAGUGCAGUGAGGAUGGCUCAAGUAGGGUACUACUUCUACCUCACCAAGUUCGUCGAGUUCGCUGACACAAUAUUUUUUGUUUUGCGCAAAAAAGACAACCAAAUAUCAGCGCUGCACGUGAUUCAUCACAGCAUUGUGCCAUUCAGUUUGUGGUUCGGGGUCAAAUUUGCUCCUGGUGGCUACAACGCGUUUUUUCCAUUCCUAAACUCAUUCGUACAUGUGAUAAUGUACACUUACUACGCAGUAGCUGCGUUAGGAGGGAAGUACAAAAAGUACUUGAUUUGGAAAAAAUACAUGACAUACAUUCAGCUGUCGCAGUUUGUCUGCGUCAUCAUCUACGCCAUUUCGCUCUACUACCACAAAUGCGAUGUCUCGACGACCUUCAUUGCCAUGAACUUCGUCCACGCCCUCUUGUUCCUAGGCCUUUUCCUCAACUUCUUCGUAAAGAGCUACAUCCAUCGAACACCAACCAAGAGGCCAUCUUUCAAAUUGGUGUCGUCUGAGAAGGCCGACGCGUGUUCCACAGAAGAGACCACCUGCGUUUCGAACAAGAUUCAGAAGAACGGUUACGUGAAGCAAUUGGUGGCGCAGAUCGCUGAAGAGACGGAACGCCAUCGAAUGAAUCUACACAGGUGCGCAGCAGAAACCUGCUGCAAUAUAUCUUGCAGGAAGUCUCACCAAAAGACAGGAUCUCACCUCAACGACUGCCUUCCAGAGCUCUCUUAUUUCCCAAAACAAAAUGGCGUGUCGUUACAGAACAAAAAGGAUUCGAAAGCUUUGUGAUGGAAGCCUCACCAAAAGACAGGAUCUCACCUCAACGACUGCCUUCCAGAACUCUCCUGUUUCCCGAAACAAAAUGGCAUGUCGUUACAGAACAAAAAUGAUUCGAAAGCUUUGUAACAGUAAUCAAAAUUACUGUGUAGCAGUUUAAUUAUCGAAAUUAUUCACCAAAUAUUUUUCGUAUUUUGUGUGCUUAAGAAGUACGUGGUCUUGAGGACUGAAAAUCACUUCUUCAGAAAUCAGUAUAAGAACUGGAUCGUCUGCUGGAUUUCGUGUAUUUUUUCUUCCUUGUAGAAAAAAUUUGUUGU